AUGUUUUUCAGCGGUCCUUUUAGUCUGAAUGUGUACGGGACUAGUGGUAUUAAUAUUGUGAAUGGAGUUGUAGCUGUGAACAACAGAAUGACACAUAUAACAUUAUUUAUUCACCGCGAGUUGAAUUACUCAGAACUUGUGGACAAGGUCUGUAGAGCUACUGGUUUUGAUAAGGAAAGAGUGACAGUCAGUUUUGUUUUAGUAUGGGCAGUUAGUUCCGGUAGAAGGGGGUGUACGCAGAUAGUACCGUUGAUAUACUUAGUCUCACAGAAUUUGCCUGAAUUGUAUAUUUAUGUUGCGCCGACUGCUGGGGUUAAUCAUGCAAGUUCAUAUGGACAAGGUACUAGUGCAGUAAAAGUGGUGCAGGUACAAGUGGUGUGGGUACAAGUGGUGGUGGUCAGAAUGAAGGUGGUGACGAAGAAGAGGGUGAAGACGAAGGCAGGGAACAAUGCUGGUAGUGCUGACAAAUACAUCACGUUGGGUGAGUCCUCUGAUGAAGAAGAUGACAAUGACACUAGUGCAUCUGUUAUGUUGUAA